GUGAGCGAAGAGUGAGAGCAGAGCGAGAGAAAAGGCAGAGCGAGAGAAGAGCAAGAGCAGAGCUACAGAAGAGUGAGAGCAGAGUGAGAGAAGAGUGAGAGCAGAGCGAGAGAAAAGGCAGAGCGAGAGAAGAGCAAGAGCAGAGCUACAGAAGAGUGAGAGCAGAGUGAGAGAAGAGUGAGAGCAGAACGAGAGAAAAGGCAGAGCGAGAGAAGAGCAAGAGCAGAGCUACAGAAGAGUGAGAGCAGAGUGAGAGAAGAGUGACAGCAGAACGAGAGCAGAGUGAGAGCAGAAUAAGAGCAGAGUGAGAGCAGAGUAAUGCAGAACGAGAGCAGAGUUUAAGUCGAGCGAGAGCAGAACGAGAGCAGAGUAAGAGCAGUGCGAGAGCUGAGCUUGGGCAGAGUGAGAGCAGAGUGAGAGCAGAGAGAGGGCACAGAAAGAGAAGAUCGAGAGCAGAGUGAAAGCAGUGCGAGAGCUGAGCUUGGGCAGAGUGAGAGCAGAGUGAGAGCAGAGUGAGAGCAGAGAGAGGGCACAGCGAGAAAGGAGCAAGAGCAGAGUAAAAGCAGCGUGAGAGCAGAGCGAGGACACAGUGAGAGCAAAGUAAAAGCAGCGCGAGAGCAGGGCGAGGACACAGCGAGAGCAGAGUGAGGGACGUGAUCAGGAAGGAUAUGACUUCAUGAAUGAAUCAAGCUAAACAUGAAGGUCAUGAAUCUGCACAGUCAGCUGAUAGACUGGUGUGAUCUGACGCACGUGAAGGAAGUCAGAAGGACAGGAACAGCCGCUGCAGUGAUGAGUCCCGGCUGUUCAGUUGCGUCAGGCUGUUCCUGCACUUCCCCCGCAGUCCGUCAGCCCCGCUCACGCUGAGGGCGAGUUUCAACACAUCAGCCCUCACUUCCUGAAAGCCGGCGUGCUGUGUUUGUGGGCGGGUCCCUCCGCAGGUGCGCUAUAAAGAGCGCUCUCGCCCGGCUCUCCGGUUUCAGUCGCUGUCCGCUCCGCCACAAUGGCAGCCGGCCUCCUGCUGUGGAUCCUCGCCCUGUGCAGCUCAGUCGCUCCCUCAGGAAGCCAUACACUAAAUGGAGUAAAGAUUUAUGAGGUGGUUCGACCAAUCAGACUGCAUGAACGUCACAGGAGAGAUGUACAGUCCUCCAGGCCUGUCGCAGUGAAAUAUGCCAUGACUCUGGGUGGUAAAGACAUCGAGAUGCAUCUAGAGAGAAAUGAUGGUUUAUUAACUCAAGACUACACCGAAACACAUUACGCAGAUGACGGGACUCCAAUCACAACCCAACCUGAUCAGUUGGAUUUUUGCUAUUAUCAGGGACAUAUAGUGAAUGAAAGUGAUUCCAUGGUCAGCGUCAGCACUUGUGAUGGUUUACGAGGUUAUUUCCAGACGGCAGAGCAGAGGUUCCUCAUUGAGCCGAUGUCUGAAGACAGUGAUGGUGACCACGCCGUGGUGAAGUACGAGGACGUCAGCAACACUCCCACUGUGUGUGGAGUGACCAACACCAGCUGGGAUGAAAACACUGGCGACUUUCCCCCUCGCGUCAGCAAAUCUCGAGCUCGCGGAGCCGGGCCAACCAUGUUCCAGCAGCAGAAAUACAAUGAACUCUUCAUCGUGGCAGAUAACAGAAUGUACCAGAAGUCUGACAGCAAUGUGGACAAAGUGAAGAAGAGGAUCUAUGAAAUCAUCAACUUUGUCAAUGCUGUAUAUAAACCAGUCAACACCUUCAUCGCUCUGACUGGUCUGGAAAUUUGGUCGGACUCUGAUAAGAUUGUGGUGACGGCCCCAGCUGGAGAGACCCUGGACAAAUUCACAACCUGGAGAAACGACGUCCUGAUGAAGAGACAACCUAACGACAACGCUCAUCUCAUCACUGGGAUCGAUUUUGAAGGUUCUACAGUUGGGCUGGCGUUCAUUGGCACCCUGUGUUCAGGCCACUCCACCGGCGUCAUCCAGGAUCAUAGCUCUAACGCUAUAGCCGUGGGGGCGACCCUGUCUCACGAGAUGGGCCACAACCUGGGCAUGAACCACGACACCAGCUCCUGCACCUGCCCUGACUCCUCCUGCAUCAUGGCUCCUGCACUCAGCUAUACUAUCCCGAAGCAGUUCAGCAGCUGCAGUGUGAGUAACCUGGAGCAGUACCUGAACUCCCGUAACCCCAACUGCCUGCUGAACAAGCCCCUGCAGAAGAGCCUCCUCCAGCCCCCCGUCUGCGGGAACGGCUUCCUGGAGAGCGGAGAGCAGUGCGACUGCGGAUCUGUGACGGAGUGCAGUAACCCGUGCUGCAACGCCACCACCUGCAGGCUGACUGAGGGCUCACAGUGUGCAGAUGGAGCGUGCUGUCGGGACUGCAAGAUCAUUGAUGCCUACAACAUGUGCCGCGCCAAGCAAGACGAGUGCGAUCUGCCCGAGUACUGCACCGGAGACUCCAACCUGUGCCCUGAGGACGUCUUCGCCGUCAACGGACUGCCCUGCAAGAGCGGCAGCGGCUACUGCUUCAACGGCCAGUGCCCGAAGAAAGAAGACCAGUGCAUCAAAAUGUGGGGUUCAGGUGCUGUGUUGGGCACUGAGUACUGCUUCAACCAGAACGCAAGAGGAGUGUACUACGCCUACUGCUCACGCCCCACCACCGACCAGUACAUCGGCUGCCAGAAACAGGAUGUAAUGUGUGGGAAGCUUUUCUGUGAGAAAGGUCAAGACAAUCCAAACUACGGCCGCAUGGUCUCGUUCGGUACCUGCAGAGCCACGUUCUACAGUGACCGCGACAACGACUUCGGACAGGUGGACACCGGUACCAAGUGCAGUGAAGACAGGGUGUGUAGUCAGAACCAGUGUGUGACUUUAGAGGUUGCCUACAGAGCAAUCAACUGCUCAGCCAAAUGCAGAGGACAUGGGGUGUGUAAUCACAAGCUGGAGUGUGCCUGUGAACCCGGCUGGCUACCACCUGACUGUGAGCGGCAGGCUGGCGGCGGCAUUUCCAGAAAUGGAGUGAUAGCCAUUGUUGUGGUGGUCUGCAUCGUGUUGGGGACCAUUCUUCUUGGUGUAGGCAUCUUCCUUAUGAAACGUAGGAAGAGGAGUCCACGUCAGACCAGCCAACAGAUACAAAGGAAAGACCCUGUGCCAAUGGACAAGUCACAGUUCAUUCCCUCAAGAGUAGCCCCUCCUCCACCCUCACCCACGCCAAUACGUCCCAAAGGUCCCCCGCCACCACCUCCUCCUAAGGCCAACGCACCACCCAAAACCCUGCACACGGACUUCAGGGCAGCACAAAAGGCUCUUCGACCACCUCCUCCACCCAGGGUAUGAAUUAUAACCUUUGAGGGACUGCCAGUCAUCUGGACCCACCAGCACUUCCAAGAGGUCCAAUGUUUCCAAGGUGCAGCUCAGGGUUCGAUGUGGAGCCCUCUAGAGGCCAAAAGACUGUUUCCACAGCUCAAUCCCAGAGUCAAGGCUGCAGCCAAGGUGGGCUGCAUUUCUCGGCCACUACAUCAUUAAAGACAGUUCCAGUGUGAAGGAUCCUUCAUAUACAGCCGAGAAAUGCAACCGACAUUCAGAGUGACUUCUGAGGACGGAAAUGAUACUGUACGUUUUUUACGUGACCCAUGAUUCCCUGUGCAUGUUUAAUGGCAAGGGAAAAUUGACAUUGCAGUUGCAGGAGGCGGGAACGUUGUGAUUAGCCUGUUCUACUGUGUAUACAGCUAUGGAAAAAAACAAAAAAAAACAAAAAAAAAAAACAAAAGACACCACUUUUCACAGUUUCUGAAUCAGUUUCUCUGAUUUUGCUAUUUAUAGGUUUAUAUUUGAGUAAAAUGAAUAUUGUUGUUUUAUUCUAUAAACUACAGACAACAUUUCUCCCAAAUUCCAAAUAAAAA